UGGCUCCAAAUCAGUAAAUUUAGUUCAUAAUCAGCAAAUUCAAAGUACAAUUCAACAAUUUCUACUUCCAACUAGUAGCAAUUUCAACUCAAAUUUUGUAAAUGGAAGGAGAAUUUAAGACUUUAAAACAAGUGCAAUGCUAGAGGAAUGCUGGCUGCAAAUAAACUUUACUCUUUAUUUACAAUCAGUUCCCUUACGCCUUUAUAUGAAGGAGAGACAGGGUAUGUGAGAGAGAGCCAGAAAAAGAGAGAGAGAGAGAGAGAGAGAGAGAGAGAGAGAGAGAGAGAGAUGGCAAUUGCAGCUUUUGUGUUAAUCUCUCUUGUGGCAGCAGCCAUGCCGAUGCCGCUUCAGAGCCUUGAGAAUGGGGGCUCCCAAUGGGCCUGGGCCAAGAGUGUUGAGAAACAGAAGGAGACCACCGCUGCCGCCGCCGCCACCACCACCACCACCCUCCAGUUCUACUUUCACGAUAUUGUGAGCGGGAAUGACCCGACGGCCGUCCGGGUGGCAGGGGCCACCGGCACCGACAAGUCGCCGACCCUCUUCGGCGCCUUGAUCAUGGCGGACGACCCGCUGACGGAGGGACCCGACCCGAACUCGAAGCUGGUGGGGCGAGCACAGGGGCUGUACGGGUCCGCCGGGAAGGCAGUUUUAUCUCUGAUCAUGGCCAUGAACUUCUGCUUCACGGACGGAGCGUACGACGGGAGCUGCGUCACCGUUCUGGGUCGGAACCCGGCCUUAGACCCGGUCCGGGAGUUGCCGAUCGCCAGCGGAUCGGGGCUUUUCCGACUGGGUCGCGGGUACGCAAUCGCCCGGAUACACUGGGCCAAUUUCACCACCGGAGAUGUCAUUGUUGGAUACAAUAUGACGGUGGUCCAUUAAUAUUUAGUAUUAAAUAUUUAUUUAUGCUUCCUGAUUAUAUAGAUUGGCUGAUGUACAUUCGUAAAGUUUGCUUCAUGAAAUUAGGAGUUUCCAUAAUAAAGAUUAGAAUAUGUAUUUUAAA